AUGAAGCUCCCAAUUUCCCUGUCAGGGAAAGCAAAGGAGGUAAAUAUUAACAACCAAACCUUUGUCUUUCAUCAUGAGGGAGAAAAUGCUCCAAACUUUCAAGAUUGCUAUGAGCUUGGUGCCAAGCUUCGUCCCUUUCGGGAUGUCUACAAGUGCACUCAUAAGGCAUCCAAGGAACAGCGUUCAGUCAAAAUUCUUGGGAAAAUGACCAUUGAUAAGGAGACCUUUCUGGGAAAGCUUGCAAUCCUCAAGAAAAUGGACCAUCCAAACCUGGUUCAUGUCUUGGAAUCCUACGAAGAUGACAUCAACUACUUUGUUGUUGGUGAGAAUAUGGCCCAUGAUAGUCUCUAUGAUUCCAUCUCAAAGAAACGGGAAGCUGGUGAGGCUUUUGGGAAGCCACAUGUGGCUCAGAUCUUGCUAACUCUGUUGGAAUGCAUGAUCUACUGCCAUUCGAAUAACAUCGUCCACGGCAAUAUCCAACCCAAGAACAUUCUAAUUCCUGAAGGCUCGGGCUUUGAUAAGCUACUUGUGGUCAAUUUUUUUGAUUCUUCCGUCAGCAUUGGAAGGACUGGAUCAAAAGGUGCCAAGGCUGUGGCCGGAGACAGCAGUGACGAGGAGGAUAAUGCUGCGGAUGUGGGGCGCAUCGCUAAGAAAAAGACUCGGUUUGCUGCACCAGAAGCCAGUGCAAAUGGAGGUACCAGCACCAAGUCUGAUAUUUGGUCCUGUGGUGUGAUUGGAUUUCAUCUCCUGACUGGGAAAUAUCCUUUUGAAAAGCCCUCAGAUAGCAGCAAGGCAAUUUAUCACAAGGCGUUGAAGCGUCUUGAACCAGAGGCACAAGAAUUGCUGAAGGAGUUGCUUACCUACAAUCCUCCUGAUCGUCCGACUGCCGCGGAAGCGUACGAUGCUGACUGGUUGGCUGUGGCCAAGUCAGUGGAAGCCAAGGUUGAUUCGGCCAUGCAGGAUGAAGUCAUGAAAUCACUGAGCCAGUUUAGCAAAAAGGACAAGCUCCAGCAGGCAGUCAGUGCCUUCAUUGCCACCCAUCUUUUGGCCAAGAUUGACAAAGAAAAAUGGGAUGAGAUCUAUAGGCACAGCGACCGUAACAGCGAUGGUGUCAUUUCUAAAAAGGAGCUACUGGAUGGGUUUGCCAAAGCUGGGAUCCGUAUCCCACGCAAUGAGAUGGAUGAGCUCUUUGUGCGGUUGGAUAUGGAUGGAAAUGGCGUGGUUGAUUACAGUGAAUUCUUGGCUUUGCAAGGUGACCUUGUUUGCCAACGGGACAAGUUGCAAGCAGCCUUUGAUGCCUUUGAUACGGAUGGAAAUGGGUACAUUGAAAAAGAAGACUUGCAGGUUAUUUUCCACAGCCCAGGAGAAAAGGUUAUCUCAAAGGCCACGGCUAAAGCCAUGCUCAAGAGUGCAGACCAGGAUGGGGAUGGUCGACUGUCAUUUGAAGAGUUUGUGGAUAUGAUGGUGAAACAGUAA